CCCGCGCACCGUCUCGAUGUACUCGGACUUGUUGUACAGCAUCUCGCUCAGCUCCAUCGCGCCUCUCUCCGGGGCCGCUCUAGCCGCCGCACUCUAUGGCCUCUUUCUUCGCGGCGAUUGGACGCGGCUCUCCCACGCGUGCGCAGAAGGCACGGGCGCCGCUUCCCCUUCGGCGCGGGGCGCGGGGGCGGGGCCAGUCCUGGCGGGAGUUGGAGCGGGGAUGGCUGCCCCGGUGGAGGCGCGGAGCUCUUGCGACAAGGAGGAGCUGAAGGAGAAGUUGGCCUCCCUGCAGAAAGAAUACAGGAAGACUUUCGGCAGGCUGCAGCGUGCUGCAAGGACCGAGAAGGUCAAGAGUCAUGUCAAGGAAACGAUUGCGAGGCAAAAUUGCUGGCUUCUGCAGGCGGCGGCUGAGGAGGACCCUGCAGCAUCCUCCUGCCAGGUGGCUCCCGAGGCCUCUGCCAGCCACCUGCCUGGUUCUUGUUCUGAGACGAACGCUCUGAGAACCCCAUCGGUGACCUUCAAUCUUGAGCCUGAGGUGUUCAGCCCGGGAGGCUCCUUGCCUGAGAACUGGGGCUCAGUGUGUCCUGACAGGACGCAUGGAAGGAUUCUCCGGGGCCUUGGGCUGCCUGCUCUGGAAAAAAAACCAAGCCGCCUGUCCAGAAGCAGAAGGAAGGGACCGCCAAGGGGGCCUUUGGAGGAGAGAAGAGAAGAUACGCCUGAAGCAGGGAAGGAAGGGCCCAGCCUGGAGGGUCCUCAGUCACCGGUCUUCACGAGGCUCAGCAGCAGUUUCGAGAUUGAUCGCAGGAUCCUGACAAUGCCUUUGGCAGCUGCAGCAAGAGAAGGAAGCAGCCCGUCCCCCUCCCUGACACCACAGCCAGAAAGUCCACAUGGGGAAAACAUCACGCCCAAAGUCCUCCAUCCACUUCCUGGGAUCCUCUUAGAAGAGAGUCGGGGUCUCUCCCCUGAGCCCCUCUGGACCGAAGGCAUCUCUGCCACCCCUGAAGAUUCAGCAGUCAAGGACAUGCCAUUUCUUGCCCACGUUCAGAAAGCCUCAAAGGAAAAAGAGAGAGGCAGGGAGGGGGAGGAAGAAGGCCGGUGCAGAUCCGCCUCCUCUGAGGGUGCAAGAGAACCGUGCCAAGAAAGAAGCCUUCCUGGGGAGCCGCAGAGCUCCAGCUGUCUUGCCACUGAGUCUCCCGUCUCCAAGCCAGGAGAGGCGGGUUCCAGAGGGGAGGCUGAGGCUGGGUCUCCCCCCCUGCAGGCGGUCUCUCCUUCCACCCCCACCCACAGCCUUCUGGACUCUUGCACAGUUGUGGAGGGGCUCCUGUUUCCAGUGGAAUAUUACGUGAGGACCACCCGGCGAAUGUCCCGUUGCCAGCGGGAGCUGAACCUGGAAGCCGUCAUUCGGAGCCAGCUGGGCAAGAGGAGGAGGAGGGGCCGGAGGGUCUCCCUGAAGGACACGGUGCCAAGUCCCACUCCCUCCGCCCAAGAGCUGCCAGGAAGUGGGGCCCUUUCUGCCCCUCCCCAAGCAGGCCGGGAAAGGAGGAGCGGGUCUCCAUUGGCACUGGAGAGCCCCAGGGCUGGCGAAGGGCUGCCUCAGAGCGGGACUGUCACGAGGCAGAGGCGGAAGGGGAGAGGGCGACCCCGGCACGGGACUCCAAGCCAUGGGGCUCGAGAACCAUUGGCAUUGGGGGGUCUCGAAGGAAACGGCUGUCUUGGUUCGAGUGAGAGGUGUCAGCCGGAGCCUCAAGAGCAGGCUGGGAACUGGGACCAUUCUGGGAUGGAGCCAGCACCCAGGGGCAAGAUGUCUUCACCUCCAGGUCGAAGAAGGAGCAGGCCAUGCGUCGGAGUUUUGCUUGGCUGCCCUCUCCAGUGGCUGCCCUCAGACUUGGCCCUCCAAGAAUUUCACUUGCCUGCAGAGGAGUUUGGCCUCCUUCAGUCAGAAAAGGUCAGGGCUUCUGCCAGGAAGCCCCCAGAGGCCGUGGGUUCUGGCGAGCCGCUCGAGCGUCUCCAGGGGGCCGAUCCUGCCAACCUGCAGGCAGUGGAAGAGAGUCCAGGUGAUGUUCUCUUUCCUCCGGAGGACGAGUCCUCUGAGCUGUGCCUCCCUCCGCAGGACUUGCACUCGAGCAAGCUGCUCCUCUCCCCAACAGAUGUUGUCCUGGAGGGGGGCAUCAGUCAGCUGGAAAGCCACCUGCCCACCCCUCUGUUCCCUCUGGUGGGGACAACCCCUGCCACUCAGGACUUUCGUGGCUCACCUGGGCAAGGGCAAGCCAACCCCUCUCAGGAGCCAAGUGCCAAAGCGGCGGGCACGCAGAUCCGUGGCACAGGGGAAGAGCGAUCCCGUGUGGCAAUGUUGUGCCCCAAGGACGGAGAGGGAGCCAGCUGGAAGCCUGACGAACCAGGCGUGCAAGUGGAAGCAAGGCAGGAGCUGACAGCUAAGUCUGGAGAGCAGUGCGAGGCCUCUGUCAACCAGCAGGAAAAAGCAGAAGACUUGGCAGCGGGGGGGCCGACACAUCGCCGUGGAGAAGGGAAUUGGAAGAUGACCUCCAAGCUAAAGAAUUCUGCAGGUUCCUGCACUGUGGAUUUGAGCGCUGUGUGGUGGGAGAUAGCGGACUUCACCGAAUUGUGCGUUGUGACUGCUUGCGAGGCCUCCGUUGCCCUCUGGAGGCACCUGGACUCCGGCUGCUGGGAAACAGUCCACACCUGGAGCUUUGCAGAGGUGCCAGUCUUCCAAAUCGUCCCCCUGCCUGGCGCCCCCAGCAUUGUGUGCGUGGCCUUGGGAGACCUGGAGAUAGCUGAGGUCAGGCUGCUGUUUCGAUCUCUUCAGCAGCCACUGCUCAAGGCGGGAAAUAUCAAAGCUGUUCUUGGCUUGAGCGGCAGGAGGCUGGUCAGCAGCUGCGACGGAGUUGUGGAAGUCCUUUCCUUCCCUGAUGCAGGAGGGGGCUGUGUGAGGCAGACCUUGUUUCCUCCAGAGGAGACCACUUUGGCUUUUGCUGCAGUGGACGGGAUGGCCGAGGCUUUGGUCGGCCUGACGGCCGCCAACUGUGUGGUGGUCUGGAACCUGAGAACUGGGCAGCUGCUGUGCCAGAUGCCACUGGGUUACCCCUACCCUGCGCCAGUCUGCCACCAGGCCUACUCCGACUCGGGCCUCCUGUUUGUGGUUUUAAGUCACCCGCAUGGCAAGGUAAACGAGUCGAUUGGCAGCCCUGCUUUCCAAGUGGUCGCAUUCAAUCCCAAGACGGCCAGGAGCGCCCAGGUGAUGACCGUCACCCUCCCGCCGGAUCUCCAAGGAAGGAACCUGGAAGGGGACGUACGGGACGCAUCUGCAGCAGCCGUGCUGACCUCUGGAGCCGUUGCUGUGUGGGAUUUGCUACGGGGAGAGUGCACGGCUCUGUUGCCCCCCAGUUCCGAGGGGAGGUGGUCUCUCGUCAGGUGGUCUGUCACCGACAAGUGUCUCCUGGCAAGCCGGGCGGAUGGCCGUGUCUGCAUCUACAGCUACGUGGCCAGGCCAUGCUCUAUCCCUGAGGCGGUCCAGCAGGAUGGCCAGAGUUCUUGGCCUGACCGGUUGCCCACUGGGGCUUUUUCCUGCCAGAAACUGCCAAGGUUUGGCGAUAAGCAGGAACAGGCCCACAGAGACUUCUCCAGCUCCCUGUUGUUUUCACCAAGAACUGGCUGAGCAAAGGACCCCAAGGGCCUGUCAUGGGCGAGGCCUAUCUGGCUACUCUUUGGGACCUCAGCACUGUUCAAAUGUGUUCUCUGUAGUGCCUUAACUUUCAAAUACUAUUAAACUUUGUUUUAAAAGGGAAAA